AUGGGUGUGCUUUCCUCAAUUUGUGGCACUCCUGAUGUCAAUGAGAUCAUUGAGUCCUUCAAUCAUGAUCUCGUAACCUGGGCUUUCAAGCUGGUAGUAUUGAGUGUUCCAUUCCUACUCACUUAUCUCCUAACCUACAUCCGUUUUUUUGUUCAAACAUGGAGUCUGAAGACCGAUGAACUUCAUCCAUCACCUGCUCCUCAGUAUCUUGUACCUGGCCUGGGGCAUACAUACUCCAUUCUCUUCAAUGCCGAAAAGUUUCUUCGUCCUCUCCAAAUGAAAGUUCAGAGCCACGUACUUUCGCUCUCCACACCCCUGAGCACAAUCCUCUAUGUUCUUCCUGGAGAAGGGGUGAGGUCACUGUUUAGGGCAUCAAAAGACCUUUUACCGGUUCCGGGGAUAUUCGACGCUCUGACAGUCUUCUUUGGGUUAACGCCGGCGGACUAUCAUGUCUUCAACCAUGAACAUAUAUCAGCAUUCGAAGCGAAGAAAGACAAGCGAUACUCGACCUUUCAUGAGGACCCGUCGAGACGGAUCAUGGAGCUCCAGAGACAUGAUUUUAUUACAUUCUUGCAUGGUGAAAAUCUGAGGGUUGUCAUGGACGAAUUCUCAUUAAACCUCGGGCAAUUGUUUCGAUCUCAUCAUUCUCAUGUUCCACCAUCAGAGCCGGUAAAUCUUCCGGACCUGUACGUGUUCUUGCGGGAUUCGAUAUUCCGAGCCGAGGUCGAGGCACUUUACGGCAAGCACAUGUUCGCUAUCUGUCCCUCAUUAUGCGAAGACUUUUGGGCUUUUUAUGAGGCAUUUCCUGUCAUCUCGCGAGGUAGUCCCCGAUGGCUCUAUCCCGCACAGUACCUGUCUAGGGAUAAGAUGCUCCACAACCUCGACAAGUGGAGGAGAUGGUGCAACUCCAGCUCCCACCAAGAAGACGAAGAGCUGGGAAACUCAGUGUCAAGCCCUAUCUGGGGCACACAAUACGUGAAGAACAUGGUGCGGCGAUAUGAAGGUUUGGAGUUUUCAGAUGCAGGGGCUUCAAGUGUGCUGCUUGGCUUCUUAUUCGUUACAACGGCAAACUCGAUACCAGCAGCGGUGUGGAUGAUCCUCCAUAUCCUCCUUGAUAAGCCUCUUGUUUCACGGUUGAGACAAGAGUUGCUGAAGGAGUCCAAGGCAAAAGAUGCCCCGAUAAAUUACACUGCGCUAUUGUCGGCUCCGCUGCUUAACUCAGUCUACCGUGAAACACUUCGUCUGCACAUUGCGGGAUCCAUUGGCCGCAAGGCAUUUGGCGAGGGGGCCCGCCUCCGCGGAGGCUCGCUGUCGGCUCUCCAGUCAGGGACCACCAGUCUGUCUGCCAACUGGCUUGGAGGACUGGACGAGUCUGUGUGGAACAUUGGCCGAGAAAUCGACGGGCGUACUGAGUAUCCGGUCGAGUCUUUCUGGGCAGAGAGGUUCUUGGAAUACCCCGAUGACCCUGCAAGUGGUCCACUCCGGAAGCCUCCAUCAAUCUACACAGAUACGAUUGGUACCGGUCUAGCAAAGCCCUUUCGGGAUGAUUCGAAAGCUAGGUUGACGGAACCAGCGGCUCUUCGGGGCUACUUCUUCCCUUUUGGCGGAGGUGCAUGGAGAUGCCCAGGCGAGGCUCUGGCCAAGAAUACUAUUUUGGUAACGGCUUUCCUACUGCUGAAAGAGCUGGAUGUUGAGAUUAUCGACCCCGUGGAUGCAGCCAAGGCCAGUUCGCAGCAUCGGACGAUACCCUUUGGAACGCACGCCUUCGACAGGAAAGUUCCCAUACGGUGUUGGAAGAGGUCACAAGUUUGA